AUGCAGUGCGAGUUCCGAGACUUAGACGAUGCCCUGAUGGAUCGAAUCAUCUGCGGGGUCCGGGACAUCCAUCUGCAGCGGCGUCUCCUCGCCAAGCCAGACCUCACGCUACAGAAAGCCAUUGAGGAGGCUGUGGCCUCGGAAGGAGAUCUGCAAAUCCAGCAGCCCGCGUCUUGCUAG